GCUCCUCUGGCGGCACACGUGCAUUUUUGUUUUAGUUCUCUGGCGUAAAAAUGAAGCUGUCCUCGAAAAAAUCCAAAGUUUUGGGCAAACCUAAGGCAGGUGUCUCAAAAAAGAAGGUCCCUCAGGAGGCCCUUAAAAAGACCAUAUCAAAAAAGGUCCGGAACACAUCUGAAGAACAGGUGAUAUCCAAGAAACCAAAACAGAAACCCACUUCCGUACCUAAAAAUGGGAAAACAGCCAAGAAAGGAACUAAGAAAACACACAAGGAAGAGUUGGAGGGACUCAAGGACUUAGAUCCAGAGUUCUACGAUUUCCUUAAAAAGAACGACCAACAACUUCUGGAUUUUAAUCUGCUUGACAGCGAUGACGACGAUGAUGAUGAGGAGGAGAAGCCGGAGAAGGUAAAAGGAAAAUCUGCUGAGAGCGAGGAUGACGAGGAGGAUGAAGAGAAAUAUCACAAGCCCAAUGAGGAUUUGGCUGUGGCCAGCGAUGAGAGCGAUUUCGAGGAUGAAGCAGAAGAUGAUGAAGCAGCCGCUGGAGGCACGCAGAAAAUCACGCUCAACCUGCUGCGCCAAUGGGAGGUGCAGCUGGCCCAGCCCAACGUUUCCAUAGACAUAGUACGCAAGGUGAUACAGGCCUUCAAUUCCGCCUUGGCCAGUAUAUCAGCCGAUGGUGCUGAUGGAGGCGAAAACCAGCCUAAUGCUGCCGCUUUUAAAGUCGUCGGAGCAUCCGCAUUUAACGGAGUAAUUCAACUGUGCGUGCUUCACCUGCAGCCAGCCAUCAUCAAGGUACUAGGUGUGAAGGCCAAUAGCAACCUGCCCCUCCACAAAUACAAAAAAUGGGUUAAAGUGCGCGGCUGUCUACGCUACUACCUUACGGAUUUAAUUCGCCUCGUGGAGCAGGUCUCGAGUGCCAACAUCCUUGGUGUGCUUCUUAAGCACUUGCAUCAAAUGGCCGGCAUGGUGGCGCCCUUCACUGCUCUCGGCAAGACGAUUUUGAAGCGUCUGAUCGUGCUUUGGGCCACUGGGGAUGAGACCGUUCGAGUAUUGGCUUUCCUUUGCAUUUUAAAAAUUACAAGAAAGCAGCAGGCCACUAUGCUAAACCACGUUCUCAAAGCCAUGUACUUGGCUUACGUGCGUAACUCGAAGUUCGUGUCUCCGAACACUCUGCCGGGUAUAAACUUCAUGCGGCGUUCGCUGGUGGAGAUGUUUGCUUUGGACUUGAAUGUGAGCUACCAACAUGCUUUUCUCUACAUCCGACAACUAGCCAUCCAUCUGCGAAAUGCUGUCAUCCUUAAGAAAAAGGACAGUUUUCAAGCAGUCUACAACUGGCAGUUUAUCAAUUCCCUACGCCUGUGGGCGGAUCUUCUGGGAGCGAGUGCCAACAAGCCACAGCUUCAACCAUUAGUAUAUCCGCUUGUCACUAUUGCCACUGGAGUGAUUCGGUUAAUUCCCACAGCCCAAUACUUUCCUCUGCGUUUCCAUUGUCUGCAGACCCUCAUCUCAUUGGCCAAGGAGACGAACACCUAUAUACCGGUGCUUCCUCUGAUUGUGGAGGUUUUGAAAAGCAAUACUUUUAAUCGCAAGCACACAGCAGUAUCCAUGAAACCUCUGCAGUUCACCUGCGUGCUGAGGCUCAACAAGGCGCAGCUGUCCGAGAAUGGCUUCCGGGACGAAGUAAUCGAGCAGGUUUGCGGCUUAUUACUUGAAUACCUUGCACAUGAGUCCGCGUCUCUAGCCUUCACCGAUCUUGUUGUGCCCACUGUUAUGGCCAUUAAAGCCUAUCUGAAGACUUGCCGAAAUGCAAACUACUCCCGCAAGCUUAAACUGCUUCUAGACAAGGUGCAGGAAAGUAGUCGUUUUGUGGAGCAGCAGCGUGGUAAGAGCAGCGUAAACUUUGACCUUAAGGACGCUUCAGCAGUGUCCGCCUGGGAGCAGCAGCUCCGUCUAAAACGCACUCCCUUGGACAUCUACUAUACCAGCUGGCUGAAGACACACGAGACCAAGAAACGACGCCAGGCCGCGCAAACUGAUGAAAUUAAUGCCGACUACGAUGUACCAAAACUGAAAAAGCUUCCCGCCAAAUCUGGACUACCCAUUCGGAAUGAAAAUGGCGAGGUUGAACUCUUCCCCUCAGACUCUGAGGAUGAAGAAGCGAAUAAUUUCCCAGCAGCAUCAGACGAUGAAGAUGAAAAGGAGGAAGUGGAAGUGGAGCCACCAAAGUCCAAGAAGGCAAAGAAGGAGAAAAAGAAUUCAGAAAAGAAACCACAACCCGUAGCAGAGGAACCUGCUGGCGAUGAUUACGACGAAGCAGGUGGAGCUGUAGAUAUAGUUAAGGACUUGGACUUGAACGAUUGGUAAACAUAUUAGGAUCAUUUAACUAUAUUUACACAUAAAAUUCUUUAAAAAUAAAA